GCCGGCGAGCGUUCCGCUCCAGGGUAGCAGAGUGGAGGGGCGGCGGGGCGGGGAGCCGGGAGGCAUGGCGCGGCCCGACGAGGAGGAGGAAGGGCCGGCCGUGGCACCCGGGCACCCGUUAGCAAAAGGAUACCUUCCGGUGCUGAGGGGCGCCCCGGAUGGGGAGGCGCGCACGGAGCCGCCUGAUGGGCCCGAGGCGGAGAACGGAGCCCCGGCUCACGGCUCGGUGGUCGCGGGAGCUCGGGACGGGCCGCCAGGCCUGCUGGCGGCGGAGGAGGAGACCCAGGCCCGGCUGCUGCCCGCGGGCGGUGGGGAGGACGGCCCAGGCCCCACGCGCUCCCCGCGCACGGCGCUGUCGCCGCGGCGCUUCGUGGUGCUGCUCAUUUUCAGCUCGUACUCGCUGGUGAACGCCUUCCAUUGGAUCCAGUACAGCAUCAUCAGCAACGUGUUCGAGGGCUUCUACGAUGUGUCGGCGCUGCACAUCAACUGGCUGUCCAUGGUGUACAUGCUGGCCUACGUGCCCCUCAUUUUCCCGGCCACCUGGCUACUGGACACGCGAGGACUGCGGCUCACGGCGCUGCUGGGCUCCGGCCUCAACUGCCUGGGCGCCUGGGUCAAGUGCGGCAGCGUGCAGCGGCACCUCUUCUGGGUCACCAUGCUGGGGCAGAGCCUGUGCUCCGUGGCCCAGGUCUUCAUCCUAGGCUUGCCCUCUCGCAUCGCCUCGGUGUGGUUUGGACCCAAGGAGGUGUCGACGGCUUGUGCCACCGCGGUGCUGGGCAACCAGCUUGGAACUGCAGUUGGCUUCCUGCUGCCGCCUGUUUUGGUGCCCAACACACAGAAUAGCACAGACCUUCUGGCUCGUAACAUCAGCACCAUGUUUUACGGAACAGCAUUCAUCUCCACACUUUUAUUUGUUUUAACAGUAAUUGUGUUCAAGGAAAAGCCUCUGUUACCACCUAGUCAGGCUCAGGCAGCUCUGAGAGACAGCCCCCCUGCGGAGUACUCCUACAAGACUUCUAUCUGGAACCUCUUCAGAAACGUCCCCUUCGUUCUCCUGCUGAUCAGUUAUGGUAUUAUGACUGGAGCAUUUUAUUCAGUUUCAACAUUAUUAAAUCAAAUGAUAUUGACAAGUUAUGAGAGAGAAGAGGUGAAUGCUGGAAGAAUUGGGCUAACGCUGGUGGUAGCUGGAAUGGUGGGCUCUAUUCUUUGUGGCUUAUGGCUGGAUUACACCAAAACCUACAAGCAGACGACUCUGAUCGUGUACAUCCUGUCUUUCAUUGGGAUGCUUAUAUUUACUUUCACGCUGGACCUUGGAUACAUCAUUGUGGUGUUUGUCACUGGGGGCUUCCUUGGUUUCUUCAUGACCGGUUACCUCCCUCUGGGCUUUGAGUUUGCUGUUGAGAUCACUUACCCUGAGUCUGAGGGCACAUCCUCUGGACUCCUCAAUGCUGCUGCACAGAUAUUUGGAAUUUUAUUCACAUUGGCUCAAGGAAAGCUCAUGUCAGACUAUAACCCUGAAGCAGGAAACGUUUUUCUCUGUGCUUGGAUGUUCUUAGGCAUCGUUUUGACAGCAUUGAUCAAGUCUGAUCUGAGAAGACACAACAUAAACAUGGGGCUUACAAACGGUGACAUUAAAGCUGUGCCAGUUGACAGUCCGAUAGACGAGAAACCAAACAUGGUGAUGUCUAAGCAGUCAGAGUCUUCGCUCUGAAGAGGGGAAGGCACCAGCCGCUCAGUGUGGGGAUCUAGCGUCAUCCUUGAGGAGCUGUGUGAGUGGUGAGGACACUCACUGGGAAAGUAUCCAGUGAACUCUGGACUCUGAGUAUCAUUUUGGUUUAUUGUUAUUAAGCAACGUUUUGCUUAUAUCUCAACACUACCGUUUAUCUAAUAUUGUCCAUUUUCAGCUGUGUGUUCGUGUCAUUGAAAGUAGCAUUCUUGACAUUUUUCUCAGGAUGUUUUUUAUGGGGAUCUAGAACCAUAAGACAUGUAAGAGUGUGUGCAAUCCACGUAUAAACAUGUCGAAUGCAUUUCCAGGUAUCUGUCAUCUCACUGUAAUGGCCACGUCAGGUAUCACAGUGUGAGUGCUGAAUACCAUCAGGAAACUGACCCACUUGAGGACAGGAUGGGACCAGGAUCCCAGAGAAGUCCUCAGAUGUUUCCCAUCCUUUAUACUCUUGUUAUACAGUAUGUUGGUUCUGUGCAAAACAAAAACAAUAACAAAAACAAACCAAAAACCAGUUGUACGCACAGAUUAAACCCGUCACACUCUGGUUAGCUAAGGCACAUGUAGACCAUUUGGAGUUCCUCUCUGUGCUGCCUUCCUACAAAUAUUGUGUUUUCAGUGCAACUUGAAGUAGAAUCCUUUUAUUUUUACUCUCUUGCAAGAAAAUUUCAUUAUCUGUGUUACA